AUGAUGCUGUCCAGAGCUGCCGUGCGCUCCAUUGCGGGCGCGCGUGUCGCAGCUCACGCGGCGUCGCCUCUCUUGUCGCAGCGCACUCUGCCCGCCGUCUGGACCCGUUCCAUGGCCAAGGACAACAAGCCUCCCAAGUUCUCUAAGCCCGAGAGCACUCCCGCACAAAAGGCUACUCCCAAGGCCCCCGAGCCCGCCGAAUCUGAGAAAGCUGAGCAGAAGCAGCAGCAGCAGCAACAACAACAACAACAAACCCCAGCCGAAUCCGAAUCCGAACCCGAACCCGAAAUCGACCUGUCCAAGCUCCCCGAUCUAAGAGGUGGUAUUCCCACCACCCUAGAGUAUGAGAUGGCCCAGAAGGAAGCCGGCAAGAAGCCCGUCGCCGGUGAGGAGGCAGAGACACAGGCCGAGGGCGCCGAGGGCCCUGAGGCCGCUACGUCAGGCAGCGGUGGUGGUGGCCGCAAGAAGGGCCAGCUCCCCGAUUCUGCCUACGUUUCUUCUACCGAGAAGCGCCGCCAAAAGAUGGCCAACUGGGCCUUCAUUGCCUCUGGUCUCGCUUUGGUUGGUGGAACGAUCUACUUGGGCAGGGAAUGGGAUGAGGAGGAGCUUGAGAAGCACCAUGAUAUACCAAAUGGCUGGGGUCUCGGCCUGUGGUGGAAGAGGGCCAAGGCCAGGAUGACUGGAACCGUCAGCUACUACCAGGAACCUGCCUUCGAGAAGCUGCUACCCGACCCGGAUCCGUCCUUCGAGCGCCCGUACACCCUCUGUAUCAGUCUGGAAGAUAUGCUGGUGCAUAGCGAGUGGACGCGCGACCACGGCUGGCGUCUCGCCAAGCGUCCCGGUGUCGACUACUUCUUGCGCUACCUCAGCCAGUACUACGAGAUUGUUCUCUUCACCAGCGUUCCCUUUGCCAACGCUGAGCCUAUUGUCCGCAAGAUGGACCCGUACCGCUUCAUCAUGUGGCCCCUCUUCAGGGAGGCGACCAAGUACAAGGAUGGCGAGAUCGUCAAGGACCUUUCUUAUCUCAACAGAGACUUGUCCAAGGUCAUCAUCAUUGAUACCGACCCCAAGCACGUGCGCGCCCAGCCCGAGAACGCCAUCGUCCUCCCCAAGUGGAAGGGUGAUCCCAAGGAUACCGAGCUCGUGUCCCUCGUCCCCUUCCUCGAGUUCAUCCACACCAUGAACUUCCCCGAUGUUCGCAAGGUCCUCAAGUCCUUCGAGGGCCAGCACAUCCCCACCGAGUUCGCCCGUAGAGAGGCCAUUGCCCGCGCUGAGCACAACAAGCUCGUUGCCGCCAAGGCCAAGAAGGCUGGCCUCGGCUCACUUGGCGCCCGCUUCGGUAUCAAGCCUAGCAAGCUGAACCCCAUGGCCAUGGAGGGCGAGGAGGAUCCUUCUGAGGCUUUUGCUAAGGGCAAGAUGAUCCAGGAUAUUGCCCGUGAGCGCGGCAUGCGCAACUACCUGGCCAUGGAGGAGGAGAUCAAGAAGAACGGCGAGAUGUGGCUCAAGAUGGAGCAGGAGGCGCAGGAGAAGGCCCAGAAAGAGAUGAUGAAGAACAUGCAGAGUUCCGUCUUUGGCUGGUUCGGCGGUGCUCCCAGCGGCGAGCAGCAGUCCGGCGAGUCGGAGAAGAAGGCCUAAUCGACCAAACGAAUCCGCCCCCUCAGCUAUCCGCGACAAUAUGUAUCAACACCUUGUGACCAUUUUCUUGUACUUUUACCAUGUCUUUGCUAUUUCUUUUUUCCAUUUUCCAUUCUCUGUUCAUGAUUGGCGUCACUACAGGGAUUUACCGGACUUCUCUGCUCCGGUCAUGGUAUUCUUCCUUCACAUGCGGAGCAUUGGAAUAGGCGUGGGUCACUUAGGAAAGAGAAGGUUUCAUACAUCUACAUAAUCUGUCUGAGGGGUGUGGCUCUAGAGGUGCUGUAGAAUGUCUCUCAACGGAAAAGUUAUGACAAUUCCAACACUUUUCAAUAUCACUUCAG